GCUUUAUCCAUUGCACCCAGAAAAGCGACGCGCAACCCCCCUCUUCUUGCAAGCAAGCAAGCAAGAACGAACCAUAACCAGAACCAGAACCAGCACCAGCUUCAGACAUUAUCCCCUGUCAAGAAUAUAAAGAUGCUUGCUUUUCAUUACCGUAUACAACUUCUUCAACGCCCCAAUGAAACUGCACCCUCCGAAUUUCCAAUCCUCCCCAACUCAUACUCGCCGGUUCAGGCAGUUGCAGUCCCAGCGCAGCAUUAUGGUGCUCGAACCAGGUCUUCUUCGAUCUAUGUGACCAGACCAGGACGGGCACAAGAACAGAAAAUUCGUGUUGAGGAAGAUAGAUUUGAUUACGAUGAUGAUGAUGAUGAUGAUGGUGUUGCCGAUGAAGAUGAAUCUCCGGCUCACAGAAGAUUUAGAAGGAGAGGAGAGGAGAAGGAUUACGAUAAAGACCCUGAAUUUGCUGAAAUUCUUGGGAGUUGCCUUGAUGACCCCCAGAAAGCACGGUCUAAGAUGGAGGAGAGAGUGAGGAAGAAAAGGAACAAGAUUUUGCACACAAAGACGGGCUCAGCAAAACCCAUGAAAGUAACAUUCAACAAAUUUGAGUUCUCAAAUUCAUACAUAUGGUUCGAAUUCUACAAUGCUCCGCUGGAGAAAGAUAUCUCCUUAAUUUGUGAUGCAAUUCGAGCUUGGCACAUCAUUGGACGCCUUGGUGGAUGUAAUUCCAUGAAUAUGCAAUUAUCACAAUCUCCUAGGGAUAAAAGACCAAGUUAUGAUGCCAUCCAGGGAGCAAAUGUGACUCCGACCACAUUUUACAACAUUGGGGAUCUUGAAAUUCAAGACAACUUAGCGCGUAUAUGGGUGGACAUUGGAACCAGUGAACCAUUGAUUCUGGAUGUUCUGAUAAAUGCAUUGACGCAGAUAAGCUCUGACCAUGUCGGAAUUAAGCAAUUGAUGUUUGGUGGAUCUGCGUUUGACAAUUGGAAGGAGAACUUGAAAUCAGAAGAAGCAGGAUUCAGUAUUCACAAGGUUUAGAGAAGAGCUUUUGAUUGCAUCUCUCUCUAUUUUGUAUGCCAACCACCCUCACUAUAUUAAGGUAUAUUCACCACUGAAUGUUAAGACAUGCUUACCUCAUGAAAUUAGCAAUGAAUUCAUGCAACUCCCAAACUUUACCUAUCAA